CACGUCAACAAAUCUUAUCCACUUCAUUUCUUCCCUCUUUUACUCUUCUUCUCCAAAUCCCUAGCCAAUUUCUUCACUCACUGCCUGCAAUUCAUCAAUGGCGACCUCGAUGUCCUCCUUCCGCGCCCCUAUAAUCUCAUCAGCUGCGCCGCCCACCCCUCGCAACCGCAAAAAUCCAACGAUUUCUGACAAAUCCAGCGCCUGGUGGGCUCCGAUCUUCGGCUGGCCAUCGGAGCCGGACUACUUCGACAACAAUGUUAAGAUCGAACCUGGUAAGACGAUCUCCGGCCAUUCCGAGAAGGAAUCUGGACGGAUCGCGUCCGAUAAGAAGCCGUUCCGCGGAUGCCUGACGGCGGAGAAGGCGAAGGAGCUGCGUCGGAAGACGAUUGAGACCUACAAUUUUCACGAUGUUAUGUACCACUCCGCGAUCGCUUCUAGGCUUGCUUCCGACGUCUCCGAACGCCGAGAUCUGUGACGGUUACUUCUCCGGAAGGUAAGUUUUUAAGUUAAUAACCGUUGAUCAGUAAUCUGCCGACUUCGCAUGUUUUGUUUGUCCUUUUUACCUUCGUCUGGAUCUGUAGAUAAACUAAUGUUGUGGUUUGAUGAAUUAAAGUGUUACUCCGCAAAAAAAUUGGAUGGACUCUAUUGAUAUGCAUCUUCAUGUUGUGAAUCAGAGUAUUUGCUUAACCCGUUUCCUA